GAAAUCAUUAACCAAUCAUAAGCCAACGUACACACGCAUCUUCUCUUAGUAUAUAUCCAAUUUCUCUAGCCACCUAUUUCAUUAAGCUGAGUAUCAUCUAGUAUUAUCAUGGCAUCGUAUAUGACUGGUAGUGUUGCGCCAUCAGAGGACAAGAACUCGCCGUCUCGUGCUACGGCCACCACGAGCAAGCAAUCGGCGGUGGUGGAGGUGGCUUUGAGGGUGUUGUUGUUUCUCGGCUCGUUAACGGCUGUGGUGGUGAUGGUUACCAGCAAACAGAAGGAGUUGGUUCCGUUUCCGCCGUUUGGAUUGGUGCCUAACACUUCCAGAUUUACCGAUACCCCGGCCUUUGUAUACUUUGUAGCAGCCCUCUCCACAGCCGGUCUUUACAGCAUCAUAACCACCUUGCUUAGCAUCUCCGCAUUGUCAAAACGAGGCUACUCCAAAGUUUUGGCUUUAUAUAUUGUUGCCAUGGAUGUGGUGAUGCUGGCAAUUGUAGCAUCAGCAGCAGGAACUGCCGGAGGAAUUGCUUACGUAGGAUUUCGCGGAAAUUCUCAUACCCGUUGGACCAAAAUCUGCAAUAUAUAUGAUACAUUCUGUCAACACUCAGCAGGCGCCAUUCUAGUAUCAUUGUUUGCUGCCAUUGUUCUCAUCUUGUUGAUCUUGCACUCUGUUUUCACCAUGUAUCGCAAAAUUCCCAACUAGAGUACGACCGUCAUUUAUGAAAUCGACUUUGUGCUGGCGUGAAUGUGUGUUAUCUGUAGUAUGUUUCCGUGAAUGUCUGAGCAAUUAUUAAUCUUUGAUAAAUAUAAACAUCCGGUUUGUUUUUAA